AGCCGCUCUUACGAGUGUGACCUUCGCAGUUGUUAUAAUUUUCGUAAAUGUCGUUGUGCAUUAUUUGUCGAUGGAGGGUGUCCGUACAGUGACGCUUAAGUCGAAUUCCUCUUUCAGUGCGGCACAACGCCGUGGUGAUCACAUUGAAACUCACAAACGAUGGGCUGCUGGUCAAAACAAGCAGCGGACCAUCGAGAAAAACACAGCUAAACUAGAGGAGGAUACAGAGGAUUUGCGCAAUGAUUUGGUUGACAUGGAUGUUGCUAAGAUUAUAAUGCAGGCAAGGCAGGAAAAGAACUUAACACAGAAAGAUUUAGCUACCAAAAUUAAUGAGAAACAACAGGUUAUUUCAGAGUACGAACAAGGUCGUGCAGUAAAAAACCAAGCUAUUAUCUCGAAACUAGAGAGGGCUCUGGGAGUUAAAUUGAGGGGUAAAGAUAAAGGAAAGCCUUUGGGAAGUUCGAAGAAAAAUUAGCCCAGAAUUUUAUAAACUCUCACCUUUGUCAAACAUUGUUAACCUCUUUAAAUGACUUACAGUGAUAUGUACAUUAACCUUUAUAAAAUAGAUUGUCAUUUUACGACUAAAUCAAUAGGCUGCAUUCAACUUGCUGCGUAUCUGAAUGUAAUUAUUUCCUGACGUAUUUUUAUUUUAUCAUUGGGAACUGCCGUUAAUGACACCCCAUAUUCGCUAUUGUAAGUAGAUAAAAGAUAUGUUGGUCCCAGACCACUCUAUGAAUUACAUUAUCGAUCAAACUUUUAUUGUUGGCAAGCUCAAGAUUUUAACACGGUAUUCCGUGAAUUGUGCCCACCGUGACUGUGAAUCACAAGUCACAUUAGUGGUUGUAAGCAUUCCAACAAGUUUAGAAGCCUGUAUGUUGGAUCUCAAAAAAGUGCUCCAAUGACCACCUAAAGUACGUUAUAGGUUUAUUUGUCAU